AUGUUGAGCGUAUGGCAUGCCACAGGUCUGCCCCCAGCUUCCAUAUCUCUGGUUGUUGUUCGGAAACCCAUUCCACUUGAACAACCCGCAAGACCUGACAUUCCCUUUUCCAAAACUCCGCAGCAUUUCCCAGAGACAAACAUCAACAACAACAACCCAGAACAUUGGAUCCAGCUACCAGAAUCAAUGAAUUGGAGUGGAGAAAAGGCGCCGGUCUUGUCUUCCCUACCGAAUUUACCCACCCGUCUGCUUCAGCAACCCCUACCGACUUAUUUAAGAUACGUUCACCGGACUGAUGCCUUCACCGCCCUGAUCUUCAUCGCUGGCACAUGUCUCGACCGUCGCACACCGGACCCAAAGGCAGGCUGGGCCCUUGUACAUGCCCGCGCGCCCGAUUACCCAAAAUUGUCUCUGCUCGCAUGGAAAGGAAGGGGCCUUUUGGCGACGAUGGCUCCCAGACCAGCAACCGGGCGGAGCUUCGCGCUGCCCUUGCCACCCUGCGUUUUGAAUUCGGACCCAACGAAGAAGGUUUCCGCACACUUGUCAUCGCUGUCAAUUCCAAGUAUGUGGUUGAGGGCUCUACCACAUGAGCCGAAACUUGGAUCGAAAAGCAAUGGAAAACGAGCAAGGGGGAGGACGUUGCGAACAGGGAUUUAUGGGAGGCAUUGUUGGGUGAGAUUGAAGAAAGCCAAGGAGAGGAACAUGGCUGUUCAAUUUUGGAAGGUCUCGAAAGAGUGGAAUGUGGAUGCUCAUGAUGCUGCAAUGAAGGCUACCGAACAACCGGCGGCUGAUAGUUUUCAGGACCAGAUUUAGAUCUCUACGUCUCCAGGGAUUUAAAAUUCAGCGUAGCCUUGAGGUGGAUGGUACCUGCC